AUGUCUGCCUCGAUGAAACUGGGGGGGCGUCUACGUAGUAUUGCGGCGACAUGGCCUGUAGAUCCGUUCCGCCCUAAUCUCCAGCUUAAGAAUUUCCUCACGUCCUUGGCCGACCAUCCCAAUCUCACACCGGAAGCCGUGAGGGCGGCCCAUACCUUGCAAGAUAGUCAAUUGCAGAAGAAGUAUCCAUUAUCUGACCAUAUCCUGAAACCGGCCUCUAUGCCGCAUCACUACACACGACUCGUCGAAGGUUUCGAAAAGAGCGCGAAAGGGAUUGGCAGACCUUGGUGGAAAAUAUUUUUCGGAGUAUGGUGA